AUGGCUCCGAUGUACUCCGACGCGAUGGGCGGGGCGGGGCGGGGCGACGAUCGCGAUCGCGCGCCGCGUGGCAGGAGCCGGAGCCGGAGCAGGGACCGCGACUACGGGCGGCGAGAACGCCGACACGACGCGUCGUCCUCCUCCUCCUCCUCCUCGUCUUUUUCCUCCCGAUCGCGCGACGGGCGUCGCGGGUGGGACGACGAUCGACGCCGCGAACGUCGCGGAUCGCGCGAUGCCCACCGGGGCAGGGAACGAGACCCGCGGGACUCGCGCCCGCCCGAGGACCGAAGGCGGAGCGGGGAGGGCUCGAGGGACGCGGGCGGUGGACGGGAUGGGUCUAGGGAUCGGCAUCAUCAUAGCCAUCGCGACCGCCGUUGGGAGGGUACGGAGAGAAGGCGCCGUGGCGACGAGUAUCGGGAUAGGUCUCGCGACGCGCGCGGGGGCGGUGGCGGCGGCGGGGAGGAAACUCGCGCCAAGGACGAGAAGAGGGAAUCGUCGCACCACCAUCAUCACCACAAGAAGCACAAGAAGGACAAGAAGGACAAGAAGGACAGGAAGGACAGGAAGGACAAGAAGCACAAGCGCAAAAGCGGCGACCGCGACGACCACAGGAUCAGCGCCGUGAGCGGCAAGCGGAUCAAGAUGAAGGUGGACAAGAGCAAGCAGGAUCUGGCGCUGGAGGACCAGCGGGCCAACCUCCUGGCGUACCUCAACGAUCUACACGACUGA